AUGCACGCCAGUCACGUUUUGGUUGUUGCAUUGUCAAUGGAAGGGGUGGAUUAUAUAAAAAUUCCAUGCACGCCACCCUGCUUCGCUCCUUCGACGCCUAUUUAUCCGUCCAUUAGCAAACAUUGGGUACACACCCUGACCCAAGAAACUCCCCAAAACCAAACUGAAAUAUGGAGAGCACGCCGACGGCCGCCGACGGCCGCCACCGGCUCGAACGUCUUCCUCCUGCCGUUCCCUGGUUUCCAAGGCCACGCAAACCCGAUGCUGCAGUUCGGCCGCCGUCUGGCAUACCACGGCCUCCGUCCCACCUUGGUCACCACACGGUACAUCCUCUCCACCACCCCACCCCCUGGCGAGCCCUUCCGCGUGGCCGCCAUCUCCGACGGCUUCGACGCCGGCGGUAUGGCCUCGCCCCCAGACGCGGAGUAUGUCUCCCGGCUGCUGGCCGCGGGGCCCGAGACGCUGCGGGAGCUCCUGCUGUCGGAGGCGCACGCGGGGCGGCCCGUGCGCGUGCUGGUGUACGACCCUCUCUUGCCGUGGGCGCGGCUUGUGGCGCAGGCCGCCGGUGUGCCCACAGCAGCGUUCUUCUCCCAGCCGUGCUCGGUGGACAUCGUCUACGGCGAACUGUGGGCGGGGCGGCUGGCGCUGCCCGUGACGGACGGGCACGAGCUGCUCGCGAGGGGAGCGCUGGGCGUGGAGCUGGGGCCGGAGGACGUGCCACCGUAUGCCGCGGUGCCGGAGUCGCAGCCCCUGUUCCUCAAUGCGUCGAUCGGGCAGUUCGAGGGGCUGGAGGAAGCCGAUGACGUGCUCGUCAACUCCUUCCGCGAAAUCGAGCCAAAGGAGGCAGACUACAUGGAGUCAACAUGGAGAGCAAAGAUGAUAGGUCCGACCUUGCCGCCAUUCUACCUUGAUGAUGAUCGUCUACCAUCCAACAAAUCUUAUGGUUUCAACUUGUUCGGAAGCGAUUCACCGUGCAUGGAGUGGCUUCAGAAGCAUAGUGUUUCCUCUGUUGUGCUUGUAUCAUAUGGGACAUUCUCUAACUAUGACAAAACCCAGCUAGAGGAGCUUGGCAAUGGACUAUGCGAUUCCGGCAAACCUUUUCUUUGGGUUGUAAGGUCCAACGAGGCACAUAAGUUAUCUCAGGAACUCAAGGUGAAAUGUGAGAAGAAUGGAUUAAUUGUUACUUGGUUCUCCCAACUUGAGGUUCUAGCACACAAGGCCAUCGGUUGUUUUGUUACCCAUUGUGGGUGGAACUCGACAUUGGAGGCAGUCGUUAGCGGUGUACCUCUCGUGGGAAUUCCACAUUGGGCAGACCAACCCACCAUAGCAAAGUAUGUGGAGAGUGUGUGGGACAUAGGUGUGCGUGUCCAGAAAGGCAAAAAUGGAUCGCUAAAGAGGGGUGAAAUCAAUAGGUGUAUAAGAGAGGUCAUGGAUGGGGAGAGGAAGGAUGAGUACAAAAGAAAUAUUGUGAAGUGGACCCAAAAGGCAAAGGAGGCAAUGAAGGAAGGAGGAAGCUUGGACAAGUACAUUGCUGAAUUCGCUACCAAGUAUUCAUCAAUUUAA